CCCAAAUAAUAUCAGAAUGAGUUAUAAAACAACAAAAAAGUUUGGUAAUACUAGAAACAAACAUGUCUCAUCCCAAGCAAACAUUAAAAGCAUGGCGGCCGUUCGUCACUCCCGUCCGAAAAGGAGCCGUGAAGCUGCGAAUCUUCGCCUCCUGUUCCUUUUUCAAGACCCAUCUCCUUCGUUGCUUCCGUCCCAGUUAAUCAGAUAAUACAAAACACUCAUGUCUUCUUCUUCUUUAAUUGUUUCAGAGAGUGUCUUCUUCCACGUCAGCUUCUAAUAUAGGAGUAUUUGAUUUGAGUAUGAUGUAAUUUGUUGUACUAGUAUUUAAUUUCUUGAGAUGUAUCUUGUGUUCAUUGCAACUUGAGUAUUGUACUUUAAUAUCGUUUAUUCUCAUCUCAACAAUAACUAAACCAAAAUUCUAUUGGUAAGAACUAAAUGGAAAUUAAUAUUAUUAAAAAGUUGUUAAACCUAUGAGUAAUUACUACUAUGUUUAAUAAUGUUAGCCACAAAAAUAAAAAUAUAUUUAUUCUAAUUUUGUCUUGUGUGUGUAAAUAAGUAUUUUAUCCUUAAUAAUAAAAAUAAACAGAAAAUACACUGUCGAAACAGGAAAAAUAGAAAAGGAAAAGAAAACAUAAAAAAAGUAUCCACUCUGCCAUUUCCGCCUCCAUCCCCAACCUUCAGUUCUUCUCUGCAAAUUUUCCAUCCCGCCGCCGUACAAUCCCUUCUACUAAUUUCCGGCCACCACCACCUCUCCUUCUCUCUAAAUAAAAAAGGUUUUGAUUUUUGUUAGAGACUUUCAAAAUUAAUGAUAGGUGGAAAUAGGGAGUGAUUAACUUCAUCACUCUGCUUCUUCUUCUUUCUUCACUCUGCCACUCUGCUCUCCCUCUCCUAUCCGCCGGUCGGCGUUUCCCCGCCUCCGCCCGGAGACUCCACAGCAGCAGUAGUUUCCAACGCCGCCCCUAGUCCAACGGUCAACAGCAGGUAAAUCACAUCCUCCUUCUCGGCCGCUUGUCGGCGACGAUGGGGAAGAAGAAAUCCAAACAGGGAUUGCGUUUGUGAAAUAGCUAAUGUAAAAAAGUGAUUGCAAAUCUGAAUUGGGAGUGAAGCAUUCAUAUUUAUAGGGGCGAAGCUUGGAGGCUUCUCAUCGGCUCCAAGCUCAAAAUCUCAGAAUUUAGAUGAAGUACUUGAAGCCAUUGAAAUUGUAUCAAGAAUUGUUAAAGGCAAGUGAGGUCAAAAGAGGCCGUUUGCUUGGCUUGGAUGUAGGUGAUAAGUACGUGGGCCUCUCUGUAUCUGAUGAUAAUAACAAAACUGCAUCGCCCCUAAGUGUCCUUGUACGUAAAAGAACAAAUAUUGACCUGAUAUCUUCUGAUUUCCAGACUUUGAUCUCUGAACUUUCCCUGGAAGGCUUUGUCAUUGGCUAUCCUUUCGACAGGCAGAAGAGCAGCCCAGAUGCAGUGCAAAUGAAGCUUUUUAUUGAUGAUCUCAAUAAAACAGGGAAGUUUGAAGAUUUGAAGUACACAUUCUGGGAUGAGUGCUAUACAUCAAAGAAUGUUGAGUUUCUCUUGAAGCCAUUGACAUUACAUCCAGUACAACUCAAGACAAUUAUGGACAAAUUUGCAGCUGUGGGAAUUCUUCAGGGUUACCUGGAUUUUGCUAGCAGAAGUCGAGGUCUAAAUCAAGAAACUGAAAACGUGCUUGAUGAAAAAUUGAGUGAUAAUCUCGACUGACUGGACGAUGAAUACUUGAAAUGUUUCAUUUGAGCAAAAGCUAACUCAUUGCUGCAUUAUUCUCUCUCACCCACUUCCUUCCUUAUUCCCUAAUUUGAGUAAGACUAAACUGGAUGCUUGUAUUUUCUUGCAUGUCCAUCGCCACUUGGUUAUAUUUUUAGUCAUGGAAAUUAUUAUCUUAUGAAGAUGACUGCUCCGAUGUUGGGCUACAUUUUGUUAUUUUAAUGGAUAUGUCAGUUAGACUUAGUCCCAA